UUGCUUCUUGUUUUAGGGCUUUUCUCUUCAGAGUUGCCGGAAGUUAUGGCGGCAUCUGGCUCCAAGGUGGAGUAUCUUCCUGGUCUUCAACAUCAAGGCCCCCUCCCUUUUGAGCUUAUAACCGGAUACAUAGGAGUGGGUGAAGGAGAUGAAGUACAAGUCUUCUACUAUUUCAUAAAAUCAGAAAGAGAUCCAACCUCCGAUCCUAUAUUGAUGUGGAUAUCCGGUGGCCCUGGCUGCUCCAGUUUGUUUGCAUUUGUGCAUGAAUUUGGUCCAGCGAAAUUGGAUAUUGUGGCAUAUAAUGGGAGCUUGCCGACAUUGUCAUUAAACCCUCACUCAUGGUCAAAGGUUUCAAAUUUACUGUUAGUAGAUUUACCAGUAAGAAGUGGAUUUUCUUAUUCAACUACUGAGAGGUGUAACACCUCUGAUACUUUCCAACAAUGUGAUCAUGCAGAACAAUUCAUGCGCAAGUGGCUCGUUGACUAUCCGGAAUACUUAACAAAUCCUCUCUAUGUUGGUGGGGAUUCAUAUUCUGGACUAGUUGUACCCAUAAUUGCUCAUAAAAUAUCUGAUGGGAAUGAGGCAAGAACUAAACCUUGGAUUAACCUUAAGGGUUACAUUCUUGGCAAUCCGAUGACAAAAGUAGCAGAAGAUGCUGCGUACGUGAUCCCAUUUAUAUCUCGGAUGGGAUUCAUUCCUGAAGAUUUAUUUGAGAAAUCCAAAAAACAUUGUUACGAGGCUGAAGAUGUCUACAAUGUGCCUUGUAUGUGGGAUUCACUUAAAAUCACAGAGUUGAUCCAAUAUAUAUACCCGGCUCAUAUUCUUGAGCCUCCAUGUUCCCGUGCGCCUGAACCGUACGAUGAAUCGAACGGUGAAAGAAGACUUCUCACGGAGAGACCAACUCUACCUUCCAGUAUAUUAUGUUGGGAUGAUUGGUACAAAACAUCUGAAUAUUGGGCUAAUGAUGAUAGUGUUCGAGAGGCUCUUCACGUUCGAAAGGGAAGUGUUGGACAAUGGAAGUCAUGUAAUCCCGAUUUGGGUUAUACAGCGUCUAUAGGUGAUGUGUUUUCCUAUCAUGUAAACCUUAGUGCUAAAGGUUACAGGUCGCUUGUUUAUAGCAGUGGUGAUCACGAUGCGGAAGUACCAUACCUUGCAACUAAAGCGUGGAUAGAAUCACUGAACUAUUCUACUGUUGAAUAUUGGAGACCGUGGAUUGUUGAUGGUGGAGUGGGCGGUUAUACAACAAGUUAUUCCAACAACAUGACAUUUGCUACAGUAAAGGGAUCAGGCCAUAUUGUUCCAUUUUUUACUCCCUCUGAAAGUAGUGCUAUGUUUAAGCGAUGGAUAUCCGGUGAAAAGCUUUAACAUUGAAUCGAAUCUUAUAGAUUUUUAUCAGUUUUCUACUUAAAAUUAAUAAAUUUCUAGUGAUGAAACGCACAAUUAUAUAUCUCAGUUUUUUUUUUUUAAUAAUUAAGUGUUUGUAUUUCUGUAAUGUAUUGUAAUCGAAUAUUAAUAAAGACAUCAAUUUAUGUUCCCUUAG